UUUUCUAUCUCCAUCACAACAUUCAACAUUAUUCUCAAGUUCUGGGCCAGAUCGUGAAUUUGUAUAUCUUAAAUAUAAGGAUAUAGAUAGAAGUUUAAGAAAUGCACUACAGUGUGAGGAGCAUCAUAAAAAGCAAAAGGGUUUGCAUUGGCUUAAUGCAGAAGCAAGAAGAAAACAUUCCACCUCCAGGCAUACUGAA